AUGUCCCAGUCCCCAGCCCCCAACGGGGUUGCUGGCCCAAGCAACUCCGCCCCAGCCCCCGCCCGCCCCACAGACUCCAACCUCCUCCGCCAAUUCGUCAUGGAAUACCUCCAAUCCCACGGCUUCGACAAAGCCCUCGCCAUGUUCCAGCAAGGCAUCGCCGGGCAGGACGGUGAUGCGUCUGAUGCGGAUGUCGGUGCUGGUGCUGGUGCUGCGGGGGUCAAGACGGAGAAGGCAGGGGAGAGGGAGGCGAUCUUUCGUGCGCCGGGGCCGGUGCCGCUGGAGAGCAAUAUCAAGAGGAAUAUCCCCCAGGCGCAAGCUGUCUCGGCAUCCACCAUGGCUGACCGUAUAACACCCGACUUUGAGGCCCAGGCGAAAUAUAUCAUCGACCAGUUGCAGAAAAAGGUCGAGGCGGUUCAGGACGAGGGCGAGGAGAAGGAAAAGGAGAAGGAUGUGAAGGAUGGACCGCCGGUGGAUGGGGCUCUGGUGGAUGUCUCGGAUAGGACGGGGGGGUACUUGAGCUACCGGAGAUGGGUGGAUGGCGGGCUGGAGAUGUGGAAGACUGAGCUGGAUAACGUCUCGUUCCCGAUAUUCGUGCACACCUUCCUCGAGCUCAUACAUCUUGGAUUCCUCAAGACAGCCCGCGACUUUUUCACUCAACAGUCACCCCACCAUGCACCCCUGCACCCUCAAGAGAUUUCGACCCUCUCUUCACUCUCCUCCCCCUCUCAGAUCGCACAAAACCCCCUCUGCAAGCAAUUUCUCGCUUCCAAAUUCACCAUUCCUCUGUCUCGCAACGCCCACGACCUGCUACUGCAAUGGCUUAGCGGUGCAAGCCUAGAUGACGAGUGGGAGGCCGGAUUGCACAGUGGACCGGGAAGACGGAGAGAAGCUGUCAAGUUGAUCGUUUUCAACCAUGUCACUAUACACGUGACGGACUCGUCAGAACCUCUCGACCAUGUCGCCAUCGCCUCCAAAUCCGGCCUCCUCCCCUCCUCCCUCCCUUCCAACAAAUCCAUCGACGCCUUCAACUCUGCCACCACCCUCAAACUCGGUCCUCCCCCCAUGACCGACAAGCUGAAAGAACAAGUCACCAGGACUCUGCAAGAUGAGGCCGCUGCCGCUGCUGGGGAAGAUGAGGGUAUGGACGUCGAGGCGCCCGCUGUGGAGGUCAAGAUUGAGAAUGAAGAUAUCGACUCUUCCCUCAUCAGCCCGGCAGAGUCGGAGACACUUCCUCCCGUCCCUGCAGUCUUCCGCAUCCCCGACCUCAAGCGCGAAGUCGAGUCUAUCAAAGACCGGCGCAAGAUGGUCCGUCUCGGACCGUCUGGUACUUCGGAAGGCAAGGGGACGUUGCCGAGUGUAGUAGCCUUUACGCUGUUUGACCAUGGGGAGAAUGCUUCGUCGGUAGAGUUUACGAGAGAUGGGAGUAUGAUGGCUGUGGGGAGCUCGGAGAGUUGUAUUCGGCUUUGGAGUUUGAACGGAGACAAGUUGAAGAAAAAGUCUGUUGAUGAGGAGGGAGCGCUGGUGGAAGACGAAGGUCUGCCAAUGCGCAAGCUGAUAGGUCACUCUGGACCUGUCUAUUCCCUGUCGUUCGAUCCUCUUCCCUCAUCGUCCUCCACCCCGACAUCUCUCCUUUCUUCCUCGCAAGACGGGUCCAUCCGUCUCUGGUCUCUCGAUACCUACUCCAACCUUGUCGUUUACAGAGGACACGGAAGAGAUCCCGUCUGGGAUGUGGAGUGGGGACCUGGAGGCGUGUACUUUGCGAGUGCGAGUCGGGAUAGGACGGCGAGGCUUUGGAGUUCGGACAGGGUUGCGCCUUUGAGGAUGUACACUGGUCAUUUGUCAGACGUCAACUGCGUCAAAUUCCACCCCAACUCUCUGUACUUGGCAACAGGCUCCACAGAUACAUCCUGCCGUCUCUGGGACGUCCAACGCGGCGCCUGCGUCCGCCUCUUCCUCGGUCACACCGACUCCAUCACCACCCUCGCCAUCUCCCCCGACGGCAAAACCCUCGCCUCCUCCGGGCUCGACAAGAGCAUCUACCUCUGGGACCUCGGUUCCUCCCGGCCCAUCAAAAAGAUGACGGGCCACACGGGGCCGAUUACGUCCUUGUCGUUCAGCCAGGAGAGCUCGGUGUUGGUGAGCGGGGGGACGGAGGGGGUGGUCAAGUGUUGGGAUGUGAAGGGGGCUGGGGGGGAAGGAGGUGGGGUGGGGGGUGGGGAAACGAUGUGGAGUGGGGCGGGGGGGAAGGAGGAGCAUGGGGCGUUGCCGAUGGGAACUGGGGAUGCUUGGGAUGUGCCGCAUACGAGCGACUUGUUGGCAACCUGGCCGACGAAACGAACACCGAUACUCAAAGCACACCACACGCCGAGGAAUCUGUGCAUGGUCGCGGGCAGCUUUGCGCCGCCUAGUAACGCUAGAAGAGCGUAG